AAUGGCGGCGGCUGCAGCACAGAAAGUUCAAGAAGUGAGAGAUAUCACUAGGAUUGAAAGAAUAGGUGCCCAUUCCCAUAUUCGUGGUCUUGGCUUAGAUGAUUCACUGGAAGCAAGACAGGUUUCUCAAGGAAUGGUUGGUCAAGUUGCUGCCAGAAGAGCAGCUGGUGUUAUUUUAGAAAUGAUUAAGGAGGGCAAAAUUGCAGGAAGAGCUGUUUUGAUUGCUGGACAGCCUGGUACAGGAAAAACAGCUAUUGCUAUGGGAAUGGCACAGUCUCUUGGCCCUGACACUCCCUUUACAGCUAUAGCUGGAAGUGAAAUCUAUUCUUUGGAAAUGGGAAAGACAGAGGCCCUCACACAGGCUUUCAGAAGGUCAAUUGGAGUUAGAAUCAAAGAGGAAACUGAAAUAAUAGAAGGUGAAGUUGUAGAAAUACAAAUUGACAGGCCUGCCAGUGGAACAGGAGCCAAAGUUGGCAAACUGACAUUAAAAACAACAGAGAUGGAAACCGUUUAUGAUCUUGGAACAAAAAUGAUAGAAUCUUUGACAAAGGAAAAAGUGCAGGCAGGGGACAUAAUAACAAUUGACAAAGCAACAGGAAAAGUCUCCAAGCUUGGACGCUCAUUUAACAGAGCCAGAGAUUAUGAUGCCAUGGGGCCACAGACCAAGUUCGUCCAGUGUCCUGAAGGAGAGAUACAGAAAAGAAAAGAGGUUGUUCAUACCGUCACUCUCCAUGAAAUUGAUGUCAUCAACAGCAGAACACAGGGGUUCUUGGCUCUCUUCUCAGGUGACACUGGUGAAAUCAAGGGAGAAGUACGAGAACAGAUCAAUGCUAAAGUGGCAGAAUGGAGGGAAGAGGGAAAAGCUGAUAUAGUACCAGGGGUCCUGUUUAUCGAUGAAGUUCACAUGCUUGAUAUUGAGUGUUUCUCUUUUUUAAACCGAGCUUUGGAAAACGACAUGGCACCAGUUCUUAUCAUGGCUACAAACAGAGGAAUCACUAAAAUCCGUGGUACCAAUUACAAGAGUCCUCAUGGAAUACCUCUGGAUCUGCUAGAUCGGCUGUUGAUUAUCUCUACAUCACCUUACCAAGAGAAGGAUCUGAGACAAAUUCUUACCAUAAGAUGUGAGGAGGAAGACGUUGAGAUGUCCGAAGAUGCUAUAUUUCUGUUGACAAAAAUUGCUCAGGAGACUUCACUAAGAUACUCCAUUCAGCUAAUCACUGCUUCCAGUCUAGUUUGCCGGAAACGAAAGGGAACGGAAGUUAAUGUGGAUGAUAUUAAACGGGUGUAUUCGCUGUUUCUGGACGAGGCUCGCUCGACCCAGGUUCUUAAAGAAUACCAAACAGAAUUCAUGUUCCAUGAAGACGAGUCGACCGAUCCCGUAUCUGAAGCUAUGGAGACUGAGGCCGAGACUGCCUGAUGAAAAUUUCACAUCUCAAUAUACAAUGCUUGUUACACUUGUUUCCAGUCUAUGGAGGAGUUGUGUGUUGCCAUGAGCAUCAAAAGAGACUCUUGACGCGAAUUAACAACCAAAUUGUUGGAUUGAAAACGACUCACUAUAAGCUAAGUUGCACCGUUUUCAACGGCGGCAAGUCUGUUUUAUUGAAAAAUGCAAUAACAAGAUGAAUUGUAAGAACCUGGUAUUUCGCUGUUACCGCUCUAAGCACCGUUCACUUGGCUCAUUUUACCCUUGUAAUCGUACCAUACAACAGGUAUUAGUUGCUAUGAAAUCUUUUCAUUUAAUAUGUGAUGUAGUUUGUAGCGAGUGUUGUCGUAGACUGUUUAUAAUAAAAAAAGUAGCAUUUUGCAUA